UGUAAUGCUGCGCGCCCAUCCGCCUGCCGACUUUGCGCCGACUUUUGUCUCGUCGUGGUGGUUGAUUUGUUGAUAAAGAUUGAAGUGAUAGGUGUGUGUAGUUUAGUAGGACCUGAGGAUUGCAGGGCAUCAAGCAUGAAUGAAAUAAUGGAGCGCCUGCCUCAUGGCUCUUCACAUCACCAUAAUCAUCAUCAUCAUCACAAGAACCAUCAGAAUCAUUCUCACAAUCAAUUUCACCAUAAUCACCACCCUCCAAAGGACAAGCACCCACCCCCUCCAAAGUAUAAAUCUUACAAGCUACUGUCUGAUCCAUGCAUUAUACAAGGUGCAGCCAAAGUAUACAGGUACGACGGACGUGUGCCGAACGACGCCCUGUAUCCGGCUGUACAGGUGCGCGACCCACGGUCGUCCAUCACACGGCUCUGGGCUCGCAUGGAGGUCCUCCAUAUGACGGUGCCCAAGUUCAAGAUUGACAGUAACUAUGUGGGGACGCCACCCCCGCUGGAGGUCUCCAUCACAAAUAUCAACGACAACAUCGACCAGACGUUCCUCACGGACCUGGUGCAGAAAUACGGCGAUCUGGACGAGCUGACCAUCUUCUACCACCGGCGGACCAGCAAACAUCUGGGCCUGGGCAGAGCCGUGUUCCAGCACGUGGAGGCCGCCAGAGCGUGUGUCGACAAACUCAACAGCACCUCCGUCAUGGGCAAGGUGCUCAACGUGUUCCUGGAUGCCUUCGGCUCUGUGGUCCGUCAGAUGGCCGAUGACCUCUCUGACGACCUCCCGGUACGGCUGGACCGUCCGUACCGCCGUCCGUCGCCGUCUUCAUCGCGCCGCUCCUCCGUCACCGAGCCGCCCGAGCCGCCGGAGCCGCCGGAGCCGCCGCCGGCGCCCGAGCCGGGUCUGCUUGCCGAGCUGGAGCGACCGCCGAGUCCGCUCCGCAACGGAUGGCACUCACUCCCGGCGCCAUCCCCGCCUCCUCCGCCGGCCGGUGACGAAGAGACUAGGCCCGACCUGGACUCGCGGAUCGCCCAGCUACUGAAGAGGAAGACGAGGAACGGUCUGAUGCCUUGUUUCGCGGAGAUGUUGGAUAGUGAGGGCGAGUCGGGUGGCUCGGCGGACGGUUCGGAGAGUGAGGGGGAGAACGGUGGCCCGCCGCCGGAGCCGCUCAGCGAGACACCCAGUCCGUUCCUGUCGCGCGAGCUGUACCUGAGGAGCUGUGAGGACGCGGCGUGGGAGCGCGGCGGAUGGGCGGCGGACAGCGCUCGCCGCGGCUCUCUGGAGGGCGUGAAAACCAUCGGCGAGCUGCACCGGCGACUGGGAGGGCUCUCGGUGGGAGGUCGGCGGCGGCGGCGCCGCUCGUCCCGGCGUCUCUCGGAGCCCUCCGAUCCUCCUCCGCCUCCCCCGCCUCCUCCCCCGAUGGAGGACGGGAGACUGGGCUGUCCUCCGCCCGGGUUCCCUCCCGUUCCCCCGCCCGGGUUUCCGCCGCCCCCGCCUGGCUUCCCUCCGCCGCCGCCGGGCGGCGUGGCGCUCCAGACGGGUUGGGGACAGCCGUGGCCCUACUUCUGUCCGCCGCCCGGGCCGGGAUUCACGGCGUUCCCUCCGCCGCCGCCGCCCGAGUAUCUGAUGGAAGAGGAACCGCAGCCGACCGAGGCCGAGGUCCUGACGCCGGAGACGCUGGCACAGCGAACCCUGGACGAGGUGGUUUUGGAAUUAAAGCAGAUCCUGAAGCGGGACUUCAACAAGAAGAUGAUCGAGAACACGGCGUACAAGCAGCUGGAGCAGUGGUGGGACCGACAGCAGGAGCAGCACAAGGCGCGCGAGGCGGGCAGCCGGACGGGCGUACCUCCGCCGCCUUCCGUACCUUCCCUGGAGCGGUCCGACCUCACCUCCCUGCUGGAGAACAGUAGAGGCUCGCUGACCGGCGCCGGCUUCGGGCUCGGCUUCCGCAUGUCGCUGCCCAAGAUGCCCUCCUUCCGGCGGAAGAUCGUGCCUCCGUCGCCGCCGCCGGCUCCCGACUCUGACUCUCACAUGGCUGCCGACUCCGACUCCGACUCGGGCCCGGAGCCGGAGCCGGCUCCUGCCCCGGCCCCGGCGACCCGGUCCCGGCCCAGGAUAUACGACACUUCCAGUGAUGAAGAGGAGGAGGAAAAACCUCCCCCUCGACGAAGGACGGCUCGCAGCACCGCCUCGAGUAGUGCUGAGAGUAGCAGCAGCAGCAGCAGCCUCAGUAGCAGCAGUGAUUCUAGUGACGAGAGUGAGAGUGAGCCCGAGGACGCGAAAUCAGACUCGGACGCAGAGAAGCACAGUGUGAAGGACGAGAGUCUAGUCGUGGAUAUUGCAGAGGACGAGCCGGCAGUGGCGAUGAAGGUGAAGCCAGACGAGGACGCGGACUCUCAGACCGCGUCAGCCGACGAGGCUAAGUCGAGUGUGGAGCCGACCGACCAGGCAAAAGAGCAGCUGGAGGAGGCAGAAGAGAAGCCUGCCUCCCCGGAGCUGGCGGCGGCGAGCCCCGUUAAACCUUCAGAGGUAGAGACGAAGGCGUCUCGGAUUGACUCUGCCAUCGAGGCCGUACUGGCAGAGAAACCGGUGGAGAAGACGGAAACGGAGGGGGAGAUGGAGAUGGAGGUGGAUGAACCGGCAGACGCGAAACCGGCGGCGACCGCCGAGUCUGCGGCAGAUGUCUCGCCACCCUCAGCUCCCGCUCCCGCCGCUGCCCUGGGAGGCUCCAGUUCCAACUCGCCAUGGGAGGAGCACUCCUACUUCCGACCGCCCUCGCCGCCCGCUCCGAGCCGGGAGGAGAUCCAGGCAGCUCUGCUGGCCGACCACGGCUACACACGACCCCUGUCACCUGUCGCACCGCCGGCGGCACCCAAACCGGAGCCGAAGCCAGAACCUGAACCGACUCCGGAGCCCGUGCAGGGCCGGAGAAAACGCAAAUACACCCGCCGCACUGUGGUCCCGGAGUCGACGUUCAAGAAACGCGACAUAAUGUCGGAGAUGGCCUUACUGUACGAGUUCCUGACACGCGGUCUGACGGUGGAGGAUAUAGAGUACCUCCACUGCAGCUACGAGAAUCUGCUGUCAGACGAACAGAGCAGCUACUGGCUGAACGAUACCCACUGGGUGGAUCACGCUGCCACCGACAGGCCAGAGAAGAGGAGGAAGCUGGCCGAGCCGCCGGCACACAGCACCGGCUCGGCGAGAACUGAGGGGUACUACCGAGUGUCGGCUAAAGAGAAGGCCAAACAUAAGUACCACUUUGGCCGUCAGCUGGCAGAGUCGACCGUGGCCCAGUCGUCCCUCCAGCCACAGCAGGUGACCACGGCGCCCGACCAGAAGGCUAAGGCAGCCACGGCGGCGUCCAUCUCGAGGGAAGCGCGCAGCAACCAGCGGCGCAUCCUCACCGUGCUCGGAGCGGCCACCGAGAGCGAGCUGCUCAAAUUCAACCAGCUCAAGUUCCGCAAGAAGCAGCUCAAGUUCGGCAAGUCGGCCAUUCACGACUGGGGUCUGUUCGCUCUGGAGCCGAUCGCUGCUGACGAGAUGGUGAUCGAGUACGUGGGUCAGCACGUGCGGCAGUCGGUGGCCGACCAGCGCGAGCUGGUGUACGAGCGGCAGGGCAUCGGCAGCUCGUACCUGUUCAGGAUCGACCGCGACAACAUCAUCGACGCCACCAAGUGCGGCAACCUGGCGCGCUUCAUCAACCACAGCUGCACGCCCAACUGCUACGCCAAGAUCGUAUCACUGGAGGGACAGAAGAAGAUCGUGAUCUACUCAAAGCAGCCGAUCGGGGUAAAUGAGGAGAUCACCUACGAUUACAAGUUCCCCUACGAGGAGGAUAAAAUCCCCUGUUUGUGUGGAACUCUGCACUGUCGCGGUUUCCUGAACUAGAGCGGAGAGUCUGGAAACCAGGGCCGCCUCAGUCGGACUCAAGCGUGAAUAAACGCAGUGACUGAAAGACAAAACAAAGGACAGCUAUAGUAAUUUUCCCAUCGUAUUGGGAAUAUGUGCAUGAAUGUGUUGUUAUUAGUCAUGUAAAUUAAUGAGGCUAUGAUCAUUGCCGGGGACCCCUUUCCCCUGAACUUCGUCGCUAAAUUUAGCUGCCAGUGACGUAUCAUAGGUCGCGGCUAUUUCCAGUCAGUGUCGAUGCGUGCUGGUGUUUGUCCAGUGCCCGAGCUAGUAUAUUGCCCUUCACUGUCAGUUUGCGUAUAUAGUUGAGUAUUAUUACCCUAUCCAGGCAGUCAGCCUGCCUCAUUGCUUCUGUGCUGCGUAUCGCAGGCGUAGUCAGCACUGUUAUUUUGUCUUCGUUAGUUUCUUUUUCUCUCUAAUUUUUGCGCGAUAGUCUCGGCGUUAUCCCGUAUCAGACGGGCCUCUCAGCUCCCCCGCCGAGUCUAGUCUUUCAGUGUACAUGUGCCCAUCAGUUUCAUCGCGUCAGGCGCCGCCAUUUCACCCGUCAUAUGUGUAUGAGUGUACAGAAUAAGACCACAUCCAGUGUACAAAACUGUACCGUUGCCGUGCUGCUACCGGUAUAUUGUGUAAUAUAAUAUCGCAGUCAAAUAA